AUGUGGAGCGCAUCCAAUAUGAACCCGAUUUCAAAUGAAACUAUUAGUGAAAGGGAAGAUCGAGCAGAACUAUGUGCCAUGAUUCCUUGCUUGGCUUUACUUCGUGAGCCUAUGCAAGAGUUUAGCAUAUGCAUAUUUCGUCAAUUACGGUUUGAUGAUAAAACCGAUCCCACAUUCUACCAAACAGCGCCAACAUUUCUCCUGGAUAAUUUCGAUAAUUCUGAAAAUGAAGAAAAUCAAGUUGAGUCAGCAGUGAACAAUGAUAAUUCCAGUCAGGAUUUCAUAACAAAUAAAGAAAGUAAGCCAAAGCAGAAGAAAGAGAAGUCAGCAGUUGGGCGAGUAAUUUCUUCAAAUAUAGAGCAAUAUGAUCCAAAUAUUCAUCUCAUUCUGUAUACUCCCUUAUCGAUAUCAACAAAGCAAGGAGUUGAACUUAUUACGAAUAAAGGACAAAUUUGGCUCCGAAAUAUAAUUUUUAUACAUUCAUAUAAGGGUGAACGAUUGCAUUUUGAUAAUCUUAAGCGCAUAGUUGAUACCGAUCCAAUUAUAAAUUAUGGUGUGUAUAGAAAAGAGAAAAACGGAAAGCCGUCGAUUUUUGUGUUAAAAAUGAGCAUUAAAGAAAAUAUUCUUGAGAUUGAGCGCCUAACUUUAUUAUGUAGCGCUAAACCGAGUGAACAUUUUUAUUCAACGGAAUCGCGCGUUUACAAUAAUAUUUGCAAAGCAGUAAUGUUAAAUGAAUCGCAUUCGAAAGGAGACGAUGGAAAAAUGAGGGAAUCGCUUUCACAAAAUUCCAAACUUAGUCUAACAAUGGAAUAUGGGAUGAAAUACGCAACGAAUGGAAAUAUCGAUAUCGACGAAAUUCUUCAUAUUGUCAUAUCGAAAACCAGUGAACCAUCGCCGAAGAGAAUUGUUGAACCACUUAUUUCUUUUACAAGUUUACCUACAAAUAUGCCAUCACCAAUUGCUUAUCAAGAAUUUGUCAAAAUAGGUGAUCGAUCAAUCGAAAUUAAGCGACAUAUCGCAAUUGGUGAUGAAAAUCUACCACUAUGUUCAGCUUUAAAAUCUAAAGAUAUUCCAGAAAAUAUGCUUGAUAAAACGCAAAGUAUGGAUGUAAUCACAUUUGAAGAUUCAAAAUCGUCUGAACAGGAUUCAGAAAAAUUGGUAAAAACUGGCGAUAAAGAGGAAUUUGAUUUUAAAUUGGCAAAGGUUUUGCGUAGGGACGAGGUACAAUCGCUACAACAAAUUGGUCAAACAAUUGAGAGAAACCUUCCAUCCUCCACUACGUCAGAUCCUAGUCUUCCAUCAAUAAAAUCCGAUUCUUUUGGGAAAGGUGCUAAAAGUCCAUUUUCAAACAAGGAAGAGCAUAAAGCACAAAUGGACGAGUUAACAGUGGAUGACGCACCAACUGAUCAAACUGAAUUCGAUGAAAGUAAGCAAAAGCAUUUGAGUGCGAAUAACUUUAAAGAAUUUUUACCAAUGUCGACUUCAACACCAUUUGCUUCUUUGUCAUCUAUGCAUUCAUCGGCUAGAGAUGAUGAACUGUGGCAAACAGCUCAGAGCAUAGAAAGGGAAAAAGUUCGAACAACUUUAAAAAGCGAUGAAAUUGAAUCAGAAAUGGACACAAAUAUUCUACAAAAAAAAGAAUUACCAGUUUCAAGGAGAAAAUCAACUAGAAAUCACCGACGGCAUUCUAGAAGUGGCAGAUUUCAUCACGGCGUAGAGAAGCAACAAAUCGCUCCUCUAACUCCCUCUCACAGUAAGCAAAUUCCAAAUGUCAAUGUUUAUAUUGUUAUAGGGGUAGUUAAACGAAGAGAAUCAAGUGAAAAAAUGGUUAAACCAUUUCCGAUAAUUUUCGAAGGUAAAAUGGGCGAAGUACAAUGGCGAGCUACAUUUAAUAUAAAAGUUAAAGACGCAGAUACUCCACUCGAUUUUGAACCCACUAAAGUUCUUGUAAAUGAAAAUGUCGUAUGGUCGAAAGAAAAAAAAUGA